ACGAGAACCAUUUGUUGACGUGUUUUACAAGAUUUUAUGUAGUGAAUAACUCGUAAAAUAUGAAAUUAAUAUAUAUAAUUUUUCUUGCCUGGAAUUUUAGUUUUAUUAAUGCGUGGGACUCUGAACAAUUGGAAGUAUUUGAUGUAGUAGAAGAAGUGAAACAGAAUUUCUAUGAACUUUUAAAUAUUUCUAAGGAUGCAACAAGUGCUGAAAUUAGAUCAGCUUUCAGAGGUCUUUCCCUCAAAUUACAUCCAGAUAAAAAUUUAGAAGUAGAUACAUCUGAACAAUUUCGUAACUUAGUUUCUGUAUAUGAGGUUCUACGAAGCUCAAGUAAGAGAAAGUACUAUGAUGAAGUACUUAUUAAUGGAAUGCCAAAUUGGCGAUCGGGACUAUUUUAUUAUAGAUAUGUACGAAAAAUGGGAAUGACUGAAGCCGUUUUAAUAUUAUUUAUUAUCUGCACUGUAGGACAAUAUCUUGUCAAAUGGGGAGCCUAUUUUGAAAGAAAAUUUACAAUACAAGAGCAAUUGAAAAGUAGACGGAAACAAGGCAGGAAAGCAAAAAAUGAAGCAGAACCUGACAUUAUUAUACCAAAACCUUCAGUAUUCGAUACUCUGCCGGUGCAAAUCCCUCGUUUGAUAUGGCACUCAAUCAUAUCUUUGCCUAUAGCCUUAGGCAUGAUUAAAACUGCCGUAGAACAAAAAAUAGAAGAGGUAAAUAGACCGCCCACUCCUGAACCAGAACCCGCACCUACAAGAAUAAGAACAGCUAGAAAGCGUAACAAAUUUGUGGUACCAGAGGGCCCAAAUUUUGAGGUACCCUCAACUAAUACUAAUUCAGACACAAGUGGUUCUACUGCCCCUCCACCGCCAGUUUCUGGCGGUUUGUGGACUGAUGAUGAUUUAGCCGAGCUUAUUAGGCUGGUAAAAAAGUUUCCACAAGGUUCAAGUCAAAGAUGGGAGAAUAUAGCUGAGGCUCUAGGGCGGUCAGUACCUGAGGUAACAUAUAUGUCUCAUAAAAUGAAGGAAAACGGAUACCGAUUGCCCUCAGAGCAGGAGGAAGAGGUUCAGGUGAAGGUUAAGCAGAAAACGAAAAAGGACGAUCUGAAUGAAGAUGUUAAGAAAUGGAGUCAAGUUCAACAAAAAGCACUGGAAGAUGCUUUAGCUAAAUUUCCUAAAGGUUGUACUGACCGGUGGGAUAGAAUUGCAGAACACGUUCCUUACAAAUCAAAGGAGGAAUGCGUGUUAAGAUUUAAGUACCUUGCUGAAAAUUUAAAAAAACAAAAAGCUAGUGAGAAAUUAGAGAAGACUGAAGAAAACUCUGACACAAAAAGUGAAGAAGUGGAUCUUAUAUCAAAUUGAGUGUAGUAUAAUGUAAGAGUAAAUAUGGAAUUAUUAAGCUGUUUUUUAAUUUUAUUGUAAAUAUGAUUUUAUUAAAAGAAGUUAUACAGUAUUA